AUGGCGAUGGACUCGAAGUUUCUGGAGGAUACGAAUACAUACUCGCCAUCUACCGGCCAGGAGGAAACGAUCGGAUGGCAGGAUGCCUUUGUGGAGCUGAGAUAUGCUCACGGCGAAGGACGGCUAGCGCCCGGUAUUGGCUUCAUGGAUAUCUGUCUGCCAGACUGGUUCUCCUCGAUUCUCACAUACGCCGGGCCAAAUCAAAGCUUGAUUGGUAUCAAGUAG